AUGUCGGCGUUUUUCGAAAAACUCCAUUCGGAGGCGCAUAAGUUGAAGGAGAAAUUGAAGGAAAAAUCGAGAAAACGAAAGGCUCCAACACCAGAAGAUGCUAUCAAUCAGUUAAGGGUAAGUUAUUACAAAAUUAUAUGUAUUUUUGUAGUUUUGAGAUGCUGAUCACGGUCUCGUUUUCAAAAAUGAUUUACCUCAACUCUGAAUAUAAGUUAUGAUGAAAAAUUUGGAAAUUCAGAAAAAGAGUUGUGCAGUUUCUGAAAACGGGGUCUAUAGAAAAUCUGUAUUUUAUUUUUAAAAAAUUCAAUUUUCAGGACGCCGAAGAUUUGCUAACAAAGAAGCAACUUUAUUACGAACUCAAAAUCACUGAAGAAGUCGAAAAUGCCAAAAAAUAUAGUAAAAGUAACAAAAAGAUGGCAUUGGCAGCUUUGAAACGAAAAAAGCAUCAUGAAAUCGAGUUGAGUCGAAUUGAUGGAGUUUUGACAAAAUUAGAAGCUCAACGAGAAGCUUUAGAAAAUGUUGGAAUGAAUGCCGAAGUUAUUGAUGUUUUGGGAAAAACAAAUGAAGCUUUGAAAAAAGCGCACGGAAAUAUGGAUUUGGAUGAAGUUCAUGAUUUGAUGGAUGAAAUUGCCGAUGGUUUGGCACAAAGUCAAGAGUUUAAUGAAGCGAUUUCGGCACCGAUUGGAGAUGUUGUUGAUGAGGAUGAUUUAUUGAAAGAAUUGCAGGAAUUGCAAGAUGUGAGUUUUUUUUUGGAUUCAACACAAGUAAUAACUAAUGUCAUAAAAUUAAUAUUUAUUAUUGACAUUUGUUGAAACUUAUUUUUUUCUGUUUUUUCUGGACGAAUACUUUUUUAUAAUUUAAAAAAUAAGGAACAUUUAAAAUAUUAAUAAUAUAACGGAUUUUUCCUGCAUAUUUAAAUUGAUUUUAUUCAAUGGAUUUUUUUUGAAACAGUGAAAAAUUAUUUUUUUUUUUUGAGUUUCUAGAAUCAAUGGAAAAUGAUUUUGAAAUUUUAAUUUUUUUCCGUAGAAUUUCGACGGAAGUCGAAACGACAGUAACCAUUUUUAUUUUGAAUUUUAGGCAAAAAAUCCACUGUUUCCAAAAUUUUACGGAAUGGAAUUUUAUCGUUUAUACCAUUCGAAGCUUAAUUUUUCUCGAACUAUAAUUUUCAGAAUGUCGCUGAGUUACCAAAACUUCCAACAAUUCCAAGUCAAGAUCUUCCCGAAGUUCCUUCAACUCAACCAACUCGAAGUCGACCAAAAAUCCGAAAAAUGGACACAAUGGAAGAAUUGGAACAAUGGGCCGCCACUAAUUAA